AUGCAUUCCUAUAUUCGCCCUAACCAGUGGGUGGCUCUCAAGCUGCCAUCAGAUCAACUGAAGCUGACUCAGAUUGUCCCCGAUACCGUCAUCAACCUGGGCAGAUUCGGCAGCUUUGGCGCCAACCAAAUUCUUGGGCGGCCAUUUUACUUUACAUUCGAAAUCCUGGAUUCGCGCGAUGACGCCGGCCACCAAUUGCGUGUCUUAUCAGCAACCGAACUGCACGCAGAGACUCUUCUCGCCGACGGAGAAGGAGACGGCGAGGUCGAAGACCUAGACACUGGCGAGAAUGGAGUGCCCAUGCGGACAAAUCGUGAAAUCAUUGACAUGAACUCCACUCAGAAGUUGACGCUCGAGGAGAUUGAAGAGUUGAAAAAGGAAUCAGGUGGCGCAGGACGAGACAUUGUCGCAAAGUUAUUGGAGUCGCACAGCGCUCUGGACCAAAAGACCGCAUUUUCGCUCGCCAAGUACACUCUACGCAAGCGCAAGAAGUAUAUGAAGCGGUUUACUGUGCUCCCGCUGGAUGUGGGCCUUCUCGCCAAUUACUUGAUGGAAGAACGGGAUGCGCAAAAGACCAUGGAGCUGCGUGAUGAGCACAUCGGGCUCAUUGGCUGCUGGGGAAAUGUUCACCACAGUGGCAAUGUCGAUGUUGCCCCGGGCAUCAAGCCCCAUGGCCGCUAUGCGGUGGUUGAUGAAACUGCUGGACUGGUCGUGGCCGCUAUGGCGGAGCGGAUGGGAAUUCUAUACCCCCAUGAUGCAGAAGAUGGACCAGAGGAGUCAGAGGAGCAAGAACAGCCUUCGACUGAACCGGCAACAGAAUCGCAGGAUGGCAAUGUACCACCAAAGCCCCGGCGCGUGCGUCCUCAACAGUCGUCUGCGACUACUAACACCAUCACUGUGUUCCACGCUUACGCACAACCCAAUCUGUCACUUUUGAAAUACUUUGGUUACGACACCAGCGAUCCCGAUGAAUCUCACCCCCUCCACACUCACCUCAAAACCAUCUCUUGGAUGCAGCUGGUUGACCCUAACUCCGACCCAAUUUACGCCAACGAACCGCCUGCUCUUGGGGCAGAGGAACUAGCCACCAUGAAACAGAGCAAGCGCACAACAUACUAUCACAAACGCAAUCGGUGGCAGAAAGUCAAGUCGGUCGUGGACGAAGGCCGGGCCGGUGACUUCGAUGGCCUGGUCGUAUCCACCUUGUUAGAGCCCUCAAGUGUCCUGAAGACUAUGGUGCCACUUCUUGCCGGAUCCGCUCCUGUUGUCAUUUACUCGCCCAAUGUCGAGCCCCUCGUCGAACUAAUGGACAUGUACUCAACGUCUCGGAGAACGGCUUACAUUUCCAAAAAGCGAGAGCUCGAAUCACAAGUCGAUGAAGGCGAAACCGCCGACUUGACCUCACUCCAAGAGGAGUUUGUGGUUGAUCCAACCAUUCUUCUUCCUCCUACUUUGCAAUCGUCGCGUGUGCGCCCUUGGCAGGUUCUGCCUGGCCGAACGCACCCUAUGAUGACUGGGCGCGGUGGUGCAGAGGGAUACAUAUUCCACGGAAUCCGAGUCUUCCCAACUACACAGAAGAUUCAGGCUGCUGGUAAUAUUCGCAACAAGCGACGAAAGGUGGAAACGAAGUCCACACCGGCCAGUGAUCGAGACGUAGAUAUGACGACUCAGUGA